AUGGCGAGGAAUCUCUUCGUCGCAGUGAUUCACGUUCAAGAAUCUGCCAAUUACUUGCUGGAAGCAAGUCGAGAACUAGCCGGUAGAUCGAGCGACCGCUUCUUUAGCAGCCAAAGUUUCGUGGAGACCUUUACAGCAUGGUGCAACUCCCACCUACGAAAAGCUGGCACGUCGAUCGAAGUGAUCGAGGAGGACUUUCGAAACGGCUUGAAGCUGAUGCUGUUGUUGGAAGUGAUCUCUGGCGAGCAGUUGCCGAGACCGGACCGCGGAAAGAUGCGCUUUCACAAGAUCGCAAACGUCAACAAGGCGCUUGACUUCAUCGAAAGCAAGGGUGUGAAGCUGGUGUCUAUAGGUGCCGAAGAAAUCGUCGACGGGAACGUGAAAAUGACGCUGGGUUUGAUCUGGACCAUAAUCCUGCGGUUUGCUAUUCAAGACAUCAUGAUGGAAGAGAUGUCCGCAAAAGAAGGACUGUUGCUCUGGUGUCAACGAAAGACAGCGCCUUAUAAAAAUGUCAACGUUCAAAACUUUCACACGAGCUGGAAGGACGGAUUGGCGUUUUGCGCUUUGAUCCACCGCCACAGACCAGAGCUUCUGGAUUACAGUCGCUUGUCACACGACAACCCCUUGUACAACUUGAACUUGGCGUUUGAUAUCGCCGAAAAGCACCUGGAUAUACCUCGGAUGCUCGAUCCUGAAGGUAUGUCGCAAUUUUCUGGACGAUAA